AUGUCGGAGAGUGCCACUGUCCACUGUUUCUCUGUUGUUCGAGCUUUGAGUUCGUUGAACCUUGAGGUCUGGAAAGCCGGCUAUAUCGAAGAGUGCCACUGUCCACUGUUUCUGAUUCUUGGCCCAGCCGGUUCGUUGAACCUUGAGGUCGAUUCUUGGCUAGUCGGCUAUGUCGGAGAGUGCCACUGUCCACUGUUUCUCUUUUGUUUGAGUUUUAAGUUCGUUGCACCUUGA